CACUUUCGCCGGCGCCGAUGACGGUUCUCGUCGUCGUCGGCUCAUUGCCGUCUGCGCUCCAACCACCGACUUUUUUUCCCGUUUGACCGUGAGUGUGACACAUUACGCACUGAUCCACGUGCUUUUCAUCAAGGAAAGUGUCUCGAUAGAGAAACAGAAAAAAGUGUGGAGCAUAGAGGGCGCGCUUUCGCAAUGAUCUCCCAUGUUUGUUUCGACCACGUGAUCGAUUAUAUCGAUUAUCGAUCGAAGUGAGAGAAACGACGCUAACCUCGCGCGAGACAAGCACAAAGUGCGUAAUCGAAGCUAGUCUGGUUGUCGCGAGACUCAACGGAGUCACGUUGCUUUUGAUUUACCUCGUGACGAAACUCGAGCAGGGGUUGACGCUCUUGGAGGCCUUCGUGACGAUAAACCGCGGUCAACCGUGGAGGUGGAUUUCGGUCGCUGUCUUCGUCUCGAUCGUUUGUUAAGGGUGACAGAGGAAAACCGAGAGUGCUCCAAGAGAGGGGGAGAGUAAUUCUAGUACGAAAGCGGGAGCGAGAAAGCAGAAGGGAGGAGGACGCUGCGUGGGUGGUGGGAGAGAGGGAAAGGUCGGCAGUGGCUCGCGAGGGACUACUCGUAUUCCGAGGACUGUUGUUUUCGGCGAACUGCUAAGAAACACUCGUCCACGCGGACCGGCCUUACGUGUAUUCUCCCUUUACGCAUUCUUUUAUCGUGCGAUAAUAACGCUUUGUGAAGAUUGAAAAUUUUCUAUCAGUGAUAUUUCGAUGUUUCGAACGCGAUCAAAAUUGUGUUUUACAUGUGUUAUUCAAAAUUGUGAAACGUUAAUUGUGUGACAUCUUCAUCAAUUUCUGAGGUUAUGAAUGGAAAUAUUCCGAUCAACUUUUGGAAUUAAUGGUUUAUUAUUUUUUUCUCGAAGUAAUUAUUAGAACUAUAAUUUAAAUAUGUUUAUCUAUGCCCUCGAAAAACUAUUCAUUUUUCGUAUUCUUAUUUCGAGAGUUGAAAUAUUACGUCAGUGAUUUUUCAUAGUGUUCGUUCGAGUUCUCUAACGAACUGGAAUCGAUACGGACUGUGUAUCGAUAUUUCUAACAGACGAUCGCUCGAAGGAUUGACACGUGUGUGGAUUGAUGGACGAGAAAUCUUCCGUAAUAUUUGAAAGUGGACAGUGAUUCGAAUUUUUUCGUGAUAUCGAGACAGUUCGCGUUUUUCUUCGAUCGAAUAUUUACUCGCUGGUGAUUGUAAUUCCUCGAUGGGACGCGAUUACGAGUCGUUAGCGUCGAAAUCGAACUCGCGGCGCGCGUAAAGUGAGUGAUUAGUUCAGAGUAUCGCCGCGAGGGCUUCCAUUGCAGGUGUCACGCCGCCGCAAGACAUUGACCGUGACAUUCGAGAGACAUCCGCGCGGAGAUACAGUGAAACAUAGCGACAAAACCGAGUGAGUCAAGCAUCGUUGGUGACUGAAGUAAAUAUUGUGCUUUUUCUAUCGUUCGUGUCUCGAUCUACGCCGAAAUUGAGUGUCGUUUCGGUGACUCGUCUACGAGUGGCUGGCUAUUAAUGUGCUCGCGUGUUUCGUGAAUGAAGCCGAUCGUAACGGUCUUUCGCGAGAGAUUUUCAAGUGUAAUCCCGUGACCCGCGGCCGCGGGUGAAACGCAUUAAACGUGGCUCACACAGGAAGGGACAGAACCGCCGAAAUCCAGGCGGAAGUAAGGAGUGCGAUCAGGGUACUUCAUGGCUGGUGCCCCAGGCCGCCCCAGGGGCACCGUGGUGACACGGUUUUGAUGUCACCACAGUCUCAAAUGCGAGGAAAUCAUAGAAACGGAGGACCAACGCAACAACCACCGCCAGCAACCGUCGUAGUCAGUUCAACGUCCAGUAUGAGACCACCGCCACCGCCUCCGCCCCCCCGAGCUAGAGCGUCCAACGAGGGUAAGGGCCACCACGAGGAGCCUACUAGUUCUAUUCCUGAUCUCGAAUUCGACGGGACCACAGUAUUGUGUCGCGUAUGCGGGGACAAGGCGUCCGGUUUUCACUAUGGAGUACACUCCUGCGAGGGAUGCAAGGGAUUCUUCCGGCGCAGCAUUCAACAGAAGAUUCAGUAUCGGCCCUGCACCAAGAAUCAACAGUGCAGCAUCCUGCGUAUCAACAGGAACCGCUGCCAAUAUUGCCGUCUCAAGAAGUGCAUCGCUGUCGGAAUGAGUCGUGAUGCGGUACGAUUCGGCCGUGUGCCCAAACGUGAGAAGGCCAGGAUUCUGGCUGCUAUGCAGCAAAGCUCCCACAGCCGAUCUCAAGAGAAGGCAGUAGCGGCCGAGCUGGAGGACGAGCAACGGCUUCUGGCCACCGUUGUGCAAGCCCAUCUCGACACAUGCGACUUCACCAGGGACAAGGUGACACCGAUUCUGGUCAGAGCUCGGGAAACGCCUAACUAUACCGCCUGUCCGCCAACCUUGGCAUGCCCCCUGAACCCUAACCCCCAGCCGUUGACUGGCCAGCAAGAGUUGCUGCAAGAUUUCUCGAAGAGGUUCUCGCCCGCGAUCCGUGGAGUGGUAGAAUUCGCGAAACGCAUCCCCGGAUUCAGCCUGCUGGCGCAGGACGAUCAGGUGACGCUGCUCAAGGCGGGCGUUUUCGAGGUGUUGCUUGUCCGGCUUGCUUGCAUGUUCGACGCCCAGACGAACAGUAUGAUCUGCCUGAACGGGCAGGUGUUGAAACGGGAAUCCAUCCAUAACAGCAGCAAUGCUCGUUUCCUCAUGGACUCGAUGUUCGACUUCGCCGAGAGGGUGAACUCGUUGCGGUUGUCGGACGCCGAGCUCGGCCUCUUCUGUUCCGUUGUCGUGAUCGCCGCCGAUAGGCCGGGAUUGCGCAACACCGAGCUGGUCGAGCGCAUGCACAACAAGUUGCGGAACGCCCUCCAGACAGUUCUCGCGCAGAACCACCCCCAGCAUCCGGACAUCCUGAGGGAGCUGCUGAAAAAGAUCCCCGACCUGAGAACCCUCAACACCCUCCACUCGGAGAAACUGUUGGCGUUCAAGAUGACCGAGCAACAGCAACAGAUGCAGGCCCAACAGCAACACCAGCAACAGCAGCAGCAAACGCAGCACGUGAUCAAUGCUCAACAACCGCAGCAGCAACAACAACAGCAACAACAGCAGCAGCAGCAGCAGCAGCACUGGCCUAUGGAGGAGGAGCCGGCGGCGUCCUGGGGCUCAGCCUCGGACGUUACCCUGGACGAGGCUGUGAAGAGUCCUCUGGGCAGCGUGUCGAGUACCGAGAGCACCUGCAGCGGGGAAGUCGCCUCCCUGACGGAGUAUCACCACGUGGCCCCGCCCAGCGGGCACCACGCGUCCAGCGCGCCCCUUCUGGCCGCCACCCUGGCGGGCGGCCUCUGCCCCCAUCGCCGACGGGCCAAUUCGGGCAGCACGAGCUCAGGGGACGACGAAUUGCACCGUGCCUCCCUCUCGAAAACGCCCCAACCACCUCAAUGCCCCCGAUUCCGCAAGCUCGACUCGCCGAGCGACAGCGGGAUCGAGUCGGGCACCGAGAAACCGGACAAGCCGGCGAGCAGCAGCGCGAGCAGCGCACCGACCUCGGUCUGCUCCAGCCCCCGCUCCGAGGACAAGGAGGUGGAGGACAUGCCGGUGCUGAAACGGGUGCUUCAAGCGCCGCCCUUGUACGACACCAACUCCCUGAUGGACGAGGCGUACAAGCCCCACAAGAAGUUCCGCGCCCUCCGCCAGAAGGACAGCGCGGAGGCCGAGCCGGCCGUGAUCGUGCAGCACACGCAGUCCCAGCUCCAUCUCCAUUUAACCUCGCCGCCGGCUCGAAGCCCGUCGAACCAGGCGCAGGCGAGCCAAUGCCCCCAGACGGCGAGCCUGUUGAGCAGCACCCACUCGACCCUCGCGAGAAGCCUGAUGGAGGGGCCACGGAUGACGGCCGAGCAGUUGAAACGCACCGAUAUCAUUCACAAUUACAUAAUGCGGGGCGAGGCGAGCCCGAGGUCGCCGAACGCGUCGCCCUCGCCCGCGGAGCAAUGCGCGUCCACCACCACCAUCACCGCGCGAUCACCCCAAGGAUCUCAAGGACUGCUGCAGUGCGCGACCAGCAACUACUCGACGACCAGGUGGCCGGCCACGUCCGUCAUCACGACGACGACGGGCGCCCGGCAGCAGCAGCAGCAGCAGCAGCAACAGCAGCAGCAGCAGCAGCAGCAACAGUCUUCCUCGGACUACCUCAUGGUCGGCAACUCGCCGGCCUCGUCGCCAAGGUACCUGUCCGCGGCGGCGACGAGUAGUACGAGCACGAGUCCACGGCCCGCCUCGAGUACGGCGGCGACGCUCGUGUUGUCCGGCUGCCCUAGCAACAUGAUGGAGCUACAGGUGGACAUAGCGGACAGUCAACAGCCGUUGAACCUGUCGAAGAAGUCGCCGUCCCCGUCGCCCAGGCCGUUGGUAGGCCCGUGCAAGGCGUUGUCCCUCGAGGCGUAGUGGUCUGAUGAACGGGUCGUAUGAACGUGUCUUGUCGCUCGUGACGGGUGAUGAUGAUCGGUUCGUUGUAUAUUCCGUAAACCCCGCACGAUGACCCUGGACGACAGAGCGCGACGACGACAGCGCGCUUCGCAACAAGAGGAGCGGCUCACCUAUCGAUCGUAUCGGCGGUUAACGAAUGCAUGCAUGGUGUGUUCCGUCGCGGCGUGAUCGCGAGAGGAGGAGGGAAGAAAGGAAAAGGGGAAGAAAGAAAAAUUGGUAGAUCAACGACGGGUUGGUUGGUGGUGUGUAACAAAAAGUUGGUGUGUCGCGCGCCACGUCGUUCCCCUCCCGAGACACGGAGUGAGAAUGGAAUGGAAGGACGAGGAAUUUAAAAAAAAAAAAAAAGGAAAAGUGCCAGGACGCUCGGAAGCGCGUGAUAAACCAAAUAAUUUAUUAAUUUAAACAUUAACUAUCGAUAUAAAAGAAAUUUGCGCGAGACACACGAGGGAGUAUAUAUGUAUAACACAAUGGUGGCCAGAUGGCGGAACCGUGAAAGUUCUGAACAUUUUGGGACACCCGGUGUACGAUACGCGCGUGUUCACGCGCGAUCAGGAGGAAUGGAAAGAGAAAUAGGAGGAGGCGGAGUGUGCUAAGUGUAUGGGAGGAUGCUAUCUGUUUUCGUUUCCUUUUUUUUUUUUUCUUUUUUUUUUCUCUAAUAAUGAUUUCCGCCCCCGGAAGACGCGCGUCGUGAUCGAUGGAUCCGCGGAUGGAUGGAUCGAACGCACGUGAUCGGAAAGAGUGUGCACGAUCUCGAGAGUAAAGAAAUUAAAAAGAAAAAAAAAAAAAAACGGGGAAACGGAGAGAGUGCCGUGCUUUGUUUUUUUUGUCCCCCCUUUUUUUGGGAAUCACCAAGUGUACAUCACUUUAAAACGGAAGCUAAACCUACCCAUCUACCUUACCUACCACCUAUCGACGAAACUCGAAGAACAACAGCCACAACAGGAAGGUAAGCUAUCUGGUCUAGACGAUCUGGCGAGAUAGCGUGUCGAUACCCCUUUAGAAGAGGAAGAAGGGGUGAGAGAGAAAGAGAUAGCGGUAGAAACGGAAGAGGAAGAAUAAAAAAAAAAAGAAAGAGAGGGAGGAUUGAAUGUUACAGAAAAAAAUUUUUGAAUAAUCUAUCUUACAUGUGAUAAUCAUGGAAAUCGCGCAUCCUGUACAGUACUCCACCUCAUUCAUCGAUCAUCUACUAUACUAUAAUUAUUGAUUAUUAUUAAAAGUAAUUAAUAUUAUUGUAACAUGUGUAAGGUAUAAUAAUAAUCGUAAAAGGAACGUUAUCAUCUUGUGUAUGUGCGAGUAGGAAAGAAAAAAGACGAGCGUACGAAUGGAAGCGAGAGAGAGAGAGAGAGAGAGAGAAAAUUACAAAGAGAGCAAGAGAGAGAGAGAGAGAGAGAGUACGAAUGUAUGAGAUCGACCAGGAACAAUAAAAAAAAAGCAACAUAAACGAACGAAUGGAACGUGAGCGUGCUUGUGCAAGUGAGUCGGGGCAAAAUCGCAACAAAAAUAACAAAAAUGAGAAGAAGAAUGCAGAGAGAGACAAAACAAAAGAAAGAAAAAAUAGAAAAUAGAUAUAAACGAAUAUAAAAAAACGAAGGUAAAAAGAAAGGAAAAGAUUAAGGAUGGAAAGGAAAAAGAAAACUACUUUUCAGAUCGAUCGAUUGCGACUUGACGGGAAAACGCGCAUUUUAAAAAAGAAAAAAAAAAAAAGAAAACGAUUUUAAAAAAGAAGAAAAAGAAAAAAAAAAGACGAAAUGUUUCGUUUCAGAACAUGUAUAUGAGACUGACCCGGCCCGCCGCGGCCUCCAGAGUUUGCAAUCAACCGUACCUUUGUAAGCCGAAAUCGUGUUGUGUCUCUCGUCUCUGUCUACGCCCAUCCAAAUGCGUCCAUCCACGUACGACCAUCUCUGUCUAACAUCCCUAUCCGAUAAUUCGAAUCGUGUCAAACAAAUUGUUUCGCGAAAACCAACCAUGUUUCAAAUCAUGUAAACACCCGUGUUGUUCGCAAGAGGGGAGGAAAAAAAACAAAAAGGAGAUUAAAAACGAGAAGAAGGAUAGAAGACAUGCGACGUUCGCGUCUGUUCGCACGUGAGGUCGCGUGUCGUUCGAGACAGAGAUGGAUCGAGCGAGAUACGCGUAGAAACGGAACACAGAGAGAGAGAGAGAGAGAAAGAGAGUGAGACGGUAAGAAGAGACGAGAGGCAAAACGUGUGUAACGAUAGCAGAGAGAGAGAAAGAGAGAGAGAGCGUGUGUGAGAUGCGUGCGCGUGUGGGUGAGCGAGACGUGACGAAGAGAGUCAAAGAGUGACGAGGAAAGAUAUAGAACGACGAGAAAAAAAAGAAAGAAUACUGAGUGCAUUGAGAGUGAGAGAGAGAGAGAGAGAGAAUCGAAGUCAAGUGCGAUGUAAUAAUCGGCAUUAAAUAAAAGAAAAAAAAAAGAGAAACAAAAAAGGCGCAGUGUAAAUAGUAGAUUCGUAAGGCUAAGUCCUAGAAGGCGCGAGUGGGCGAGUUUUUUGCUUUUUUUUUUCCGGAGAAAAACGAAACGUUCGGUGAGAAAGGAGAAAGUGUGCGAGGGAGAGAGAGAGAGAGAGAGAGAUACGAUAAAUGGAAAAGAAUAGAGAAUGAAACAAGCGUGAGAGACGAAAGAGACGAAAAGAAAAAUAUAAAAAAACACACACACACACAGUGCGAAAAUAUACGCGGCGGGCCGCCGCCGACGUGUUGUUGAGACGCCCGCCCCACCCCCCUUAUGCCCCCUUAUGCCGUAGUACAGUCGACGCCGAGAGAAUUAUCGGUGCAGGAGAGAUAGAGAGAGAGAAAGAGAGAGAGAGAGAGCGAGCGAGAGAGAGAGUGAGAGAGAGAGAGAAUAAAAAAAAGGAGAAGAGGAAUAAAACGAUCAAUCGCGCGAGAAAUAAAAAAAAAAAUAAAAAAUAAAACGCAGCAGCAACAAGAACAACAAAUCUAGUGAACACUACACGCUUAAUGUAACAAUCCACGUAAAUACAUAACACACACAUGCGUUUUUGAAACACGGAAAUAUGCAUAAGCAGGUCGAACAUAGUUGAAACGAGCGAAAAAGUAAAAGGAAGAGCGAGAGCGAGAGAGAGAGAGAGAGAGAGAGAAAGAGAGGGAGAGAGAGGGAGAGCGAUAUAUUAGUAGAUAGAGCAAUCACUGCACACGCGAGAUAGGGAACGAAGAGAGCGUCGCAAAAUAGGGAAAAAAAAGGAAGAGAGGAAGAGAAAAAGGUGAAAAUCGUAGGGCAUGAAAAAAAAGAACUGCUCGAUGGGCAUGCAGAAAACCGUUGUCUCGCUACUUUUUUGUGCGUAGCACCGUUCACCGAAUCCCUUAAUCACACCACGCAGACAAGAAAAAAAAAAACAUGGAAACACGUAUACACACACACUCACACACACACAAUCCAACACAACACAACCCCGAAGAAGCUUCUAGUAGUGAGACCACUCUGUGUAUUUAUUGUAUUCGAGGACAAAGUCAUUCCCUCCCAUUUUUACGUACUGUGUACACGCAGGCAGAGACAUACACACACACACACACACACACACGGGAACACGCGCAGACACACGCUCCCUCGACUCGUUUUUUGACCCUUGAAAUCCUUCUUGCUGUCAUUUAUGCUACACACAUACACACCCUUUGAAACGAACACCCCCUUGUUUCCUUCCUGCAGCAGAUUAGCCAGAUCCCCGCUUAGAGAGCCAUCCAGAGAGCCUUGUGAACAGUUGUCAUCCGAAUCGUUGUAGCCUUAAGCCGAAACUGUGUACCGCACACAUUACACUAUGCGGUAUCGCAGCGUGGCGCAGCAAUUUUUCCGCUAUUCUUCGACAGAUCGAACUCUUGUCUCUUCAGCAAAUCCCCUCUCCGUUUGUCCAACUCUCCGUAUAAUUGUCCAUUAUUACGUCCUUUACCCAAACACUUUAACAAGAGUUAUCCCAAAACCGUUUUUCUCAGACCCGACCCCCUUGUGAGUCCUCAAUAUGAGCCCUGGAUAUGUCCCCCGCAAGCGAACUAGCGUUGAUAUUCGUAAUACUUGUUAUGCAUAAACUACACAUAAUGAUUAUUAUAGUAAACGAUACAUAAAGUAUGAUAUAUUUCUCUAUCCAUUAAGAAAAAAAAAAGGAAGAUGCAAGUAGCUGUUGUUUCUUGGUGGAAACAAGAUGAGAAACAAAGUGCAAGGCAGAGCGCAACAACAAAGAGUAUAGGGAGAAAAAAAAACGUAAAAAAAAAAAAAAUAAUAAAUGCGUAAUAAUAAAUGAAUAAUAUGAAUGGUGGAAUGAAUAAUAAAGAUAAAAAUAAAAAAAUAAAAUAAAAUUGUACGGAAAGAAAUAAACGAGCAUACCGAAAGUGUACUGUAUUACAAUUGCAAGAAUACAAACGCAGCCCCGCAUAUUGCCCAGUGAGCACGUCGUUUUGUACGCUUGGGAGUUGUGAGGUCGUCUGAAUAAACAUUGUCUGGUGAAUUAUACAGAAAACAA